CCGCCCUCCGCGGGCCCGCCCCCGGCUCCAUCUUGCGGCCGCUGGGUUGGGCUGUGACGCGGCUCCCGGGUCAGAAUGUCAUACCCAGGCUAUCCCCCCACAGGCUACCCACCUUUCCCUGGAUAUCCUCCUGCAGGUCAGGAGUCAUCUUUCCCCCCUCCUGGUCAGUAUCCUUAUCCUAGUGGCUUUCCUCCAAUGGGGGGAGGUGCCUACCCACAAGUGCCAAGUAGUGGCUACCCAGGAGCUGGAGGCUAUCCUGCACCUGGAGGUUAUCCAGCCCCUGGAGUCUAUCCUGGUACUCCACAGCCAGGGGGAGCUCCAUCCUAUCCUGCAGUUCCUCCAGGCCAAGGAUUUGGAGUUCCACCAGGUGGAGCAGGCUUUUCUGGCUAUCCACAGCCACCCUCACAAUCUUAUGGUGGUGGUCCAACACAAGUCCCACUACCUGGUGGCUUUCCUGGAGGACAGAUGCCUUCUCAGUAUCCUGGACAAGCUCCUUACCCUAGUCAGAUCAGUACAGAAUCUUUUCCUUCCUAUCCUGUUUUUUCUCCUGUUUCUUUGGAUUAUAGCAGUGAACCUGCUGCGAUGACACAGGGCACUCAAGGAACAAUCCGACCAGCUGCCAACUUUGAUGCUAUGAGAGAUGCAGAAAUUCUCCGUAAAGCAAUGAAAGGUUUUGGGACAGACGAGCAGGCAAUUGUGGAUGUUGUGGCCAACCGUUCAAAUGAUCAGAGGCAAAAGAUUAAAGCAGCUUUUAAGACCAUGUAUGGCAAGGAUUUAAUCAAAGAUCUCAAGUCAGAGUUAAGUGGAAAUAUGGAAGAACUGAUCCUUGCCCUGUUCAUGCCUUCUACAUAUUACGAUGCCUGGAGUCUACGGAAUGCAAUGAAGGGAGCAGGAACUCAGGAACGUGUGUUGAUUGAGAUUUUGUGCACAAGAACAAAUCAGGAAAUCAGAGAAAUUGUCAGAUGUUAUCAAUCAGAAUUUGGACGAGACCUUGAAAAGGACAUUAGAUCAGAUACAUCAGGACAUUUUGAACGUUUACUUGUAUCCAUGUGCCAGGGAAAUCGUGAUGAGAACCAGAGUGUAAACCACCAAAUGGCUCAGGAUGAUGCUCAACGUCUCUAUCAAGCUGGUGAGGGGAGACUAGGGACUGAUGAAUCUUGCUUUAACAUGAUCCUUGCCACGAGAAGCUUUCCUCAGCUGAAAGCUACCAUGGAGGCGUAUUCUAGGAUGGCUAAUCGAGAUUUGUUAAGCAGUGUGGGCCGUGAAUUUUCCGGAUAUGUUGAAAGUGGUUUGAAGGCCAUCUUGCAGUGUGCCCUGAGCCGCCCUGCCUUCUUUGCUGAAAGACUCUACUAUUCUAUGAAAGGUGCUGGCACAGAUGACUCCACCCUGGUUAGGAUUGUGGUCACUCGAAGUGAGAUCGAUCUUGUACAAAUAAAACAAAUGUUCACUCAGAUGUAUCAGAAGACCCUGGGCACAGUGAUUGCAAGUGACACGAGUGGAGAUUACCGAAAGCUUCUUCUAGCCAUUGUGGGCCAGUAGGAGGGAUGUUUUUAAAAGAAUGAAACUAUCCUUCAUAGCUUAUUCCUUCAAAUGACUGACCUGCAUGCAGCAGUAUCGACCAUCACCUAACCAAAAGAGCUUUUUACUAAGUACUGUAUCAGGGUAAUGUGCUUGGUUUGCACAUGUUGUUAUUGCCUUAAUUCUAAUGUUAUUUUUUUCUCUAUAUACAAUCAAUGUAAAGCCAUAUCACAAUGAUGUAGUAGUAUUGCCAUGUUUGUAAACCUUCAUUCUCACUAGUCAUAUUCUAAUCAGAAUGUCAAAUUGAAUAAAAAUUGCAGCAAUCUCUAAAUCUGUGUAA